CGGCUGCUGUCAUGGCGGCCUGAGGAGCGGCGCCGACGGGGACUGAAGGAGCCGGGUUGGGCCGCCAACGGCCAGGCUGAAGAGUCUAGAAUGGCAGGGGAACAGAAGCCAUCCUGUAAUCUCCUUGAGCAGUUUAUUUUAUUAGCCAAAGGCACUAGCGGAUCAGCUUUGACUGCCCUGAUCAACCAAGUGCUGGAGGCUCCCGGGGUUUACGUCUUUGGAGAGCUGCUGGAGUUAACAAAUGUGCAAGAGCUUGCCGAAGGGGCGAAUGCUGCUUAUUUUCAAUUGCUGAAUCUCUUUGCCUAUGGAACGUACCCAGAUUAUGUAGCAAACAAGAAUAACCUGCCAGAGCUAACGGGGCCCCAGAAGAACAAGUUGAAGCAUUUAACUAUUGUCAGCUUAGCUUCCAGAAUGAAGUGCAUUCCUUAUUCCGUGUUACUGAAAGACCUGGACAUGCGGAACCUGCGGGAGCUGGAAGACCUGAUAAUCGAAGCCGUUUACACGGACAUCAUCCAGGGGAAGCUCGAUCAGCGUAACCAGGUGCUAGAAGUGGAUUUCUGCAUCGGCAGGGAUAUUCAGAGGAAGGACAUCAGCAAUAUCAUUAAAACGCUUCAGGAGUGGUGUGACGGGUGCGAAGCAGUUCUGUUGGGAAUUGAGCAACAAGUGCUUAGAGCCAACCAAUACAAAGAAAACCAUAACCGAACUCAGCAGCAGGUAGAGACAGAGGUCACGAACAUCAAGAAGACGCUGAAAGCCACGGCCGCCUCCUCGGCCCAGGAGAUGGAGCAGCAGCUGGCUGAACGGGAGUGCCCCCCGCAUACAGAGCAGAGGCAGCCCACUAAGAAGCUCUCCAAGGUCAAGGGGCUGGUUUCCAGUCGCCACUAGCGCCCGCACCAGGAGGGGGGCACCUGUCCGGCCCCGGGCAGCUCUGGAAGGAGCUGCUGUGGCCCCUCGCGUCUCCUUCCAGCAGGUUCUGGCUCCAUCACGGUUCUGUGGGCUGGAGAAUGCAGACCCGGUUCAGACUUUAACCAGCACAGGGCACUGCUGGCUUCCUUCCCCCCUGAGGCGUCUCAUGUGCCCCGGGAGGAAUUCGAGGGCACAGAUGAGUCCCAGGAUGGGGGCAGGGGGUGGGAAUAAGGCCCAGCUUGCGGCCUGGGCCUUCUCCCUGGUCCUCUGCCACGCCUGUCUCUGCCCACACUCAGAGGCACCAGGGCUCAGCGGAGGGAGGGAGCGCCUGAAGUUUCCCCCCGACUCUUCCGCAUACCAAAGGGAACAUGCGCCGCUUCUGGCCUAGGAACUGCCUUGUCUUGUGUCCCCCUGUUCCGUCCCAGUUUUAUCUUAGGGUGCAACUCUCUACCUCACGCAAGGAAGGCCAGAGCUCGGCCUGGGCUGUGUUUACUAGACGACCUGCUUGCUGCCCUCCUAAGCCCAGAAGCCGCCCGCUGCCUUCCAAGGCCGUGUCCUGCAGCUCUGAAGCGGAGGGGGUGGGGGAAGCCAGAGGCCCAGCUGCUAUUUCAGCCCCCUCCUGCCCUGCCAUUAUUACAAGGGGCGCGCUGGCAGAGGUUGUGUGUUCUCAAUGUGUUCCGUGGUAACUUGUGUCUCCUCCCCACCCACCUCGCUCCUAAAACCUUAGAAAUGUAAUAUGUUAGAUCCUUCCUGGACAGAAGCGAGCAGUUUGAAAGGGAUUCCUCCCCCUGGCACGACAGUCCAGAACCUCUGGCACGGCUAGUAGAGGCACCCCCCACCCCCACCCCUUGUUCCAGCAAAAGCCUCUGCCAUGAUUUCAGAACUCGAACUCCUUUCUGGUUGUGUUUGACCUUUUUUUUUAAAAAAAAAAAAAUUAUUUUGUACCUUUGUUGGGAGAUUUCAGCAUUUCAACCUUUGUGUCUUUUGAUAUUUGUUACAGACUCAUUGAAGGUGGCUUGCACCUAGGUCAGAAGGA